AUGCAACAAAUCCUAACACAACUUGUUCAAGGAACAAAAAGGGGUGGUGAAGACGAUGGACAAGAAUUGCACAAUGUCACAUGUGAGGAAUGCGGAGAUAAUCCUAUACGCGAUGAUCGUUACAAAUGUUUGCAAUGUGAUAAUUUCAAUCUAUGUGCUGGAUGUUUUGAACGUCGUGCCGAACCCAAAAAACAUAAGAGUGGACAUUUACUUGUCCAUUUCCGUUUACCAAACGAACUCUUUGGUCGAACUGUAUCAAAUGAUGAUGUAACCAUCGAGAAACUAAAAGAAUUCUAUGUCAAAGAAGUAAACAAAUCGGUUAUCUGUGACGGAUGCAAAGUUUCAGACUUUGUUGGAUUACGUUUCAAAUGUGAUUCGUGUCCAGACUAUGAUUUGUGUUUAAAAUGUGCUACUACAGGUGUCACAACUAAUGAUCACAAAUUGACACAUCCAUUGAUUCUUAAUUCUCGUCGAGUGAUCGUACAGAUAUCUAUAAAUGAUAUUGAACUGGGUGAAAAAUUGGGCAGUGGUAAUUUUGGUGCUGUUCAUAAGGCUCGAUGGAUAUCAAAAAAUCGUCCAGUAGCCUGUAAAAUAAUUGUCGUGCCUGAUAGCAAAGAGCCUAAUUCUCUAGAGAAAAGUUUUGCCAAGGAAGUGUCUGCUUACAUAGAAUUAUCUGGUGGUUACAUUCUCAAAACAAAAUUUGCUAUUAUUCAAAAUUUUGCUUGGUCGGGUUUUGGAUCAACUAUUCAUCAAAUCGCAUGGGCAUUUGGUAUGGCUCUAGCGGAGAAUAGAAUUGCUGUAUACGAAACACCAGGAUAUUGGUUUUAUGGAGACUGUAAUGCAGGCACUCCCGAUUGUGUUUUUCUUCCCAUCACUAAUUGUUCAAUUCCAUCUAGACCUCAUAGUAACCAAACAAUAAAUAUUAGUGCUCAUAUGGGUGAAUGGCCUAAGCCUAUUCAUCCACCUAUAUUCGAAAAUCGAACUUUUAAUUGGUAUCAUGCACAGUUAUUAUUUUAUCUAAUGCGAUAUAAAUCUGAAACAUUAACUCAUGUUCAAAAUACUAUUGCUCAAUAUUUUCAACCACCUUUAAUUGAUCUUCAUCAUCCAUAUAUUGCUGUCUAUGUACGUCGAUCAGAUAAAGUUAAAUAUAAAGAAAUGUGUCAAGCGUAUACACUUAAACAAUAUUUUGAUUUAUUUGAUUUUGAUGCACAAGCGAAUAUAACAAGAGUUUAUAUAAAUUCUGAAGAUGAGCAAGUAUUUAAUGAAUUUAUUCAAAUAAACAAACAAAAACAAGGUUAUUAUAAAUUAUUAUGUGUAAAAGCAACAAGAAAUGUUAUUUUUGCAUCAUUCAACCGUAUGACAAAGCAACAACGUGGAAAGAUUGUAUUAGAAUUUCUUACUGAUUUAUUCAUUGAAGCUAAUGCAGAUUUACAUGUGGGUACAUUAACAUCAAAUUGGUGUCGAUUAAUUGAUGGAAUGAGACUUGCACUUGGAAAAAUAAUACCUUAUUAUACACCUGAAAAUAGAUAUUUGAUGAAUACUCGUAGGCGACGGUGACCAAAAGGUUUUUUUCACAAAACACCAUAGCGAUAAAUUUUAAUAAGCGUCAAACAACUACUGUUUAUCAAGUCUGAUUCAAUGAAAGAUUGAAUCUUUCAUCUUGUUUUAAUAAAAGUUUUAAGUUUUAAAAAAAAUAUUUCUACAUCUUCUUAAUAAGUUCUUUUUUUUAAAUUUUAAGAAAAUUGAAGAAAAACACAAAAAUUAUAAAAUGAACUAUUGGUUAGAGAUCGGCACACGGCAAAUCAAGCUUCUUUCGUCAUACCCUGCUUGCUCUGCUGGACAGUCAGGGCGAAAAAAGUGCUCUGUGACGGUCUCUGUUAUGGAUGACAAAAAUGUUGUAUUCUUAAAGCUUUUUUAUUUUGUUAUUAUCAUCAAUUGUCAUUGUAUGUAAACUUCUAAACCUUCAUUAAGUUUAUCAAAUAAUUGAUCGAUUUCAUAUAAUUUUUCAUGAUAAAUCCCAUCGUGAUUCAAGUUGCUUUUUGAGCAUAUGUGCGACAAUCAUCUAUCAGAGAUUCUAUCAAACUAAAAUAAACAAAUGUCAUUGAUUAGAAAAGAAACACUUUGAUUAUUCAUUAUUACUUCACAAAGAUAAAUAUCGUUUUCUUCAAUAAUUAUUUGUUGAUCCAAUAAAGCUAUAUUGAAAUUUUAAAUAAGCAGACAUCCAAUGAGUUUUCAUAUUCUUGAUUAAAAUAGAGUUUCUUUGAAAAAACAAAAGAUAUCUUUGAGUGAUUAUAAUAUUAAAAGAAUGUUAAAAAAGGGUGUGGGUGUGGGUGGCGUGUGUCGAUGUGGGUCUGAGUAUGGCAUAAGAAAAGAUCAUACCACACCCACCCACACCCUAAAGUCUUGUCAUCUAUCACGAAUGAACAUAAUAAAAAUGAAUCAAUAAUAGAUACAAACAUAAACAUUGAAUAUUUUAUAUAUUUUUUUUAAAUGAUUAUAUCAUUAAGCAUUGGUGUAAAUAUCGAUUUAUCAAUAUACAUGUAUGCUAAUUUUUAAAAUAAAAUAUUGUUGUGUCAAGAAUUGAAGUGUUCUCAUCGGACACAGCAUCUGACCUUUUGUCCGCUCGUAAGUAUCGUGGCCGCUGCAUCAUCAUGCCUACCUGUUCAUUUGCGUCUGAUGCCAUUCUUAUUCUCUGGUGUAUUGUUGUUUCUUCUUUGACAUAUGCUAUUCUCUCUUUCUCUUUCUUUCCUAUAUGAGUUUGUGUCCGAUUUAAGAUGGACACCAUUCGAAUGAUGAAGUAAUGUAGUUAACAUCUACAUCGAGGGUGACGGUAACGCUAUUUCUUCAGCUUGCAAGUUUGCAUUAAAUAAAAUAUGCGUAUCAAUACUAAUGAAAGAUUUUCAUCUUGAUUUCGUUACAAUUGUUAUUUGUUUGUUUUUCUAGAUACAUGUAAGAAUUAUGAACAACAAAUCGCCUGAAUUAGAAUUCUUACCCAAUGAAAUUCUUAUCGUUUUAUUUCAAUAUUUUGAUGUUCGAGAUCUCUUUCGAGGAUUUUUCAAUUUGAAUACGCGUUUCAAUAAUCUUCUUCGAUCUCUCAAUCAUCUUACUCUUACAAUUUCAAAGUAUAAUUAUACUAAAAAUGAGAAUGAUAAUGCAUUUAUUUCUUAUAUUCAUAAUCUAAUAAUUCAAGAUAAAAUCAAUAUUGAUUUCACUUGUUUUACAAAUAUUCAUUGUCUUUUUUUAACCCUUUCCGGCCCACCGUACAAAAUAUUGUACGGUUUUUUCACGUUCCGUAAUUUUUAAAUAACUCGGGAAUGCAAAAAGAUAUUAAGAAGCGGUUUUCUCUAUUAUAUAAAGAAGGCUUUAGUGCAUACACCUAUAUUCAAAUUAUGACUAUAAUAAACUCAUUCAUGGGAUAAACAUGAUCAAUAUUCGGAAGUCAUCAUAUCAUAUUUUAGACUAUUUUCGAGUUUUUCAGUAGAAUGCUGAAAAUAGUUCUAAGCAAUUGAAUUGUGUACCAAUCAUGUAACAGAUAAAUGUAGUAGAACAGAAUGAGUAUGCUAAGUGACCAAUGGCCAUAAUCUAUAUCAUAGACCACACGGAAAUGUGCGACAUCUAUUUUAGUUUUUAACGCUUAUCAUCGUUGACCUGUCAAAGUUUAUUUUAUAACUCUACGUUUUAACCCUUUCAGGCCCACCGUGCCAAAUACGAUACGGUUUUUUCAAGUUUUGUAAUUUUUAAAUAACUCGCGAAUUCCAUUAGAUAUUCAGAUGUAGCGUUCUUUAUUACAUAGAGGAGGUUUCGGUGUGCACGUCAGUAUUAAAACUAUAACUAUACUAAAUUCAUUCAUGUGAUAAAAAUGAUUAAUAGUUAACCCUUUAAGUACCAGCGGGACCUAUAAGGCACACUUUUUUCAAACUUGAUAAAUUUCGAAUAACUCGAGAACGCAAAACAAUAUCGAAGUGCG